AAUCGAAACCUAAGCUCAAGCUGCUGUCGAACCAUUGUAGAGGUCUCUCUAUCUGUGCAAUAAAAUGGCAGAAUCCAGGGUUUCCUUGACUCAAGAUCAGUUCAGCUGUUCAAUUUGUCUGGAUCUACUGAAGGAACCAGUAACCAUUCACUGUGGACACAGUUACUGUAUGAACUGUAUCACGGGCUGCUGGGAUCAGGACGAUCAGAAGGGAGUCUACAGCUGCCCUCAGUGCAGACAGACCUUCACUACAAGACCUGUUUUAGGGAAAAACACCAUGCUGGCUGAAGUGGUGGAGAAACUCAAGAAGACAAAACUACAAGCUCGUCCUGCUCAGUGUUACACUGAAUCUGGAGAUGUGGAGUGUGACGUCUGUACUGGAGACAAAAACAAAGCCAUCAAGUCCUGUCUGGUGUGUCUGAACUCUUACUGUCAAAAUCAUCUGGAACAACAUGAGAUUUUCUUCAAAAGUAAGAGACACAAUCUAAUGGACGCCACUGGACGACUUCAGGAGAUGAUCUGCCCUCAACAUGACAAACUGCUGGAGAUUUUUUGUCGUGCAGAUCAACACUGUAUAUGUUACUUGUGUACAAUGGAUGAACACAAAAACCACGACACUGUUUCAGCUGCAGCAGAGAGGACUGACAAACAGAGACAGUUGGAGGAAACCCAGAGAAAAUUCCAGCAGAGAAUCGAGGAGAAACUGAAGGAGCUUGAGAAGCUGAGAGAGGCUGUAGAGACUCACAAGCGCUCUGCACAGGCAGCAGUGGAGGAGAGUGAGAGCAUCUUUACUGAGCUGAUCCGCUCCAUUGAGAGAAGCCGUUCUGAGGUGACACAGCUGAUCAGAGAACAGGAAAAGACUGCAGUGAGACGAGCUGAAGAACGACUGGAGCAACUGGAGAAGGAGAUCAAGGAUAUGAGGAGGAGAGACGCUGAGAUGGAGCAGCUUUCACACACAGAUGAUCACAUUCAAUUCAUCCAGAGUUUCCAGUCUCUCUCAGUCUCUCCUGGAUCUACAGACUCACCCAGCAUCACAGUCUGUUCACGUCUCACUUUUGAUGAUGUUGGUAAAUCUGUGUCUCAUCUGAGAGAGAAACUGGAGCGUUUCUGCAGAGAGGAAACAGAAAAGAUAUCUGGCAGAGUGAGAAACAUUAACAUCAUUCCCACCCCUGAACCCAAGACCCAUGAGGAGUUUCUCCAAUAUUCCCGUCCGCUCUCUUUGGAUUCAAUUUCAAACGCAGGGAACACAAGCCUGGCACUGCCUGAAAGGAGCAGAAAUGUUAACUCUGUAAGACUCGAUAAUAGAAAAAGAAUGACAAAAAAAAAAUAUUCAAUUUUGGCUUAUGGAUCAAUGAAAAUAGUUGUAAGAAUUAGGAUUAAUUUACAUUUAAAUUUUUUAUACUUGAACAUACUCUAUGUGAUCCAUUCCACUGAAGUCUAGGGCUGGGACAGUUACCGCAGCAUUACCACAAUGCCGCGGUCUGAGCUCACCACCGUCAUCACCACAAAAACAUUGGCCUGCCCAUGUGUGCACGUUGUGUCUAACGACAUGGACUCAUUGAUUCGGGAACACUUUACAAUAAGGUUCAUUAGUUAACAUUAGUUAACUACAUUAGUUAACAUGUACAAAGAAUGAAUAAUACUUCUUCAGAAUUUAUUAAUCUUAGUUAAUAUUAAUUCCAACAUUUACUAAUACGUUAUUAAAA